ACAAUGGGCCAGGCUCGGCAGCAAACUAUCAUCGUUUGGAAACAGGAAGAUAUUCUUACUCAAAUGCAGACAGACAGGGAUCAUACCGAGACACAUUACAGACGGGACCAGAAAUUUGGGCAUGCUUUUGGAUUUGACCGAUGGACAUAUGGGGGACCGCAUUCGGGAUUUCAAUACCAGGAAUGGGGUUUUUCCAAUCAAUAAAAGCUCGAUAUGGAAACGAAGCAGUUUCACUACUCAAACAAUGGGCCAGGCUCGGCAGCAAACUAUCAUCGUUUGGAAACAGGAAGAUAUUCUUACUCAAAUGCAGACAGACAGGGAUCAUACCGAGACACAUUACAGACGGGACCAGAAAUUUGGGCAUGCUUUUGGAUUUGACCGAUGGACAUAUGGGGGACCGCAUUCGGGAUUUCAAUACCAGGUUGAAUAACAAAUUAAUUAAUUUAGAAAUAUCACUCACUAUUUCAACUAUCAAUCGUAUAGAAAAAUCACUCAAACAAGUAAGAGAGAAAGUUUUGACAUUGAUUCCGGGGGAUGUUGUUGACGAAUUUGGUAAAAGACAACAAGGGUCAUGUGAUAAAAAAUUCAAAACCAUCAAAAAAAAGAACAUAAACAAAUUUCAAAACUUGAAGUCGCAACAGCAUCACUUAACAAUCAAAACACAAGAUAAUUGGGUUAAGAAUAUUUCAGAGGUUGAGGUCCCGGAUGAUGUCUUGAGGUUUCUCUCUUUAGGUUCGAAAUUUUCCGUGCCACCAAGAUGCAAUGAAAUCUCAGUCAAACGUUUAAUUGCUGAUGUAGAAACUAUAAUUAAAGUUGUACCAGAGAACGCAAAAAAUACUGUAAGAGCUAAGUUUACUAAUGUAUUGACUAAUUUUUUAAAACAACCGGCAAAGCGUAGCUAUAUAGACAUUUUGUUAAAAAAGACAAAAAAAUUUUUUAAGGAUCACGCUGAGUUGGUCGUUUCUAGGGCCGAUAAAGGGAAUGUGACAGUUAUUAUGUCUAAAGAUACAUACAUUCAAAAAUCAAACGAAAUUCUGAUGGAUCGGACCUAUUACGAGCGUCUCAGAUGUGAUCCUACAUCUACUUACCAACAAAAAGCUAACAAACUUGUCAAAUCAUUAAAAGAUCAAAAACAAUUAACAAAUGAGGUAGCCAAAACUUUAAAUAUAUAUAAUCAAACUUGUCCUAAAUUUUAUGGCUUACCCAAAAUACAUAAACCCCAAUUGUCCUUAAGACCGAUAAUUUCAUCAAUUAAUGCUCCGAACAGUAAACUGGCUUCAUUGUUGACUCAGGUUUUAACCAAAGCAUAUAAUAAGAAUAAUGAUUAUUUCACAGGUGAUUCAUUUGAGUUUUCUUCAUUUAUCAAUGACAAACAAUUACCUAAUAAGUAUGUUCUUGUGAGCUUGGAUGUCGUCUCUUUAUUUAGUAAUAUUCCAUAUAAUUUGGUAGAAAAAAGUAUAAAAAAACAUUGGAACAGAAUUAGAAACCACACUGAUUUGUCACAAAUUAGUUUCCUAAAGAUACUUCAGUUUGUAUUUGAUACAACGUAUUUUAGAUUUAACAAUGAAUUUUACAAACAAAAAUUAGGUACACCGAUGGGUGCCAUCAUUUCUCCAAUAUUAGCUCAAUACGUUAUGGAUGACCUACUUGAGGUGUGCGUAGAUAAGCUGUCGUUUCAGUUACCAUUUCUGAAAAAAUAUGUGGAUGAUAUAAUUACUUCCAUACCUGAAAGUUGCGUGAGGGAAACUCUCACAGUGUUUAACAGCUAUGAUGCACACAUACAAUUUACAGUAGAGGAGGAAAUUGAUAAAAGCGUACCAUUUCUGGACACUAAAGUGAUCCGGAACAACGAUAACAAAAUUAUAUUAGAUUGGUACAUAAAACCGACCAGUUCGGGGAGAUAUAUGAAUUUCCACUCUUACCAUACAACGAAAACAAAAAUAAAUUUGGUCAUAGCAUUAAAGACACGAAUAGAGAGGAUUUCUCACCCAUCACUAAGACAAAAAAAUCUUAAUAAGCUUUACGACAUGCUGAUUAACAACUCAUACCCAAGUAGGUUAACUAAAAAAUUGUUAUAUAGCACGACCCCACUAAGAGCUCCAAACCCGCGGAACACGGUCGUCCACUCAGAUAGCCCAGAAAUGGACGAUCUGAGAUGUUUUUAUUUUUCAUUGCCAUACAUUAAAGAAUUAACGACCACACUCACAAAAAUUCUGAGAGCACAAACAAAUAUUAAGAUAGCAUAUAAACAAACAAAAACAUUGGGGAGUGUCUUUAGCAAACUAAAAGAUAAGGAUGAGGUACAAAAGAAUUCAGAAGUAAUUUAUAGCAUCCCCUGUAAUCAGUGUGAUCAGGUAUACAUAGGACAGACAUCGCGAGUACUUAAGGAUAGAAUUACGUCACACAAGAGUGAUUGCAGACUCAAUAAGAACACCUGUUCAUUAGCAACACACUCUAACCAAAUGGAUCACGAUGUUAACUUUGUUGAAACAAAAAUUCUCCAUAAAGAAAGCAACUACAACAAAAGAGCAAUUUUGGAAAUGGUGGAGAUCUUCUUGGAACCGAAAUCGGUCAAUAAAAGAUCUGACAUUGAUGGCCUCAGUGUGAUCUACUCUAAUGUCUUAACUUUACAACCAACCGUCAAUCGAAUUGCGUUUGCUGAUAAUAGUGUCGUCACAAUGUAAUUAUAAUUUAGAAAAAUAGUCCCAAGCCUCUAUACAUUAGGUGCCUUGUAAACAAAAAGGAGGUAACAAAAGGAAAAAAAGAAGGGAAAAAAACUGGACGGCUGGCGGUAGUCAUAUUAAUAAAACCUUUCCAUCAUUUGCGUUUUGCGUUUGAAGUAAAAUUCGUUUAAAUAAAAUGUAACAACAAUUUCGUCUAGAUGGCUGCCCUCGGUUAUAAUAAUUAACGGUCGUAUUUGAUUCUUUCUGUUAUCCGGAUGAGUUUGGUGUUGGCCUAUAAUGGCACUGUAGCAGUAAGUACUUUAACUAGAAGACUUUAGUAUUAAAUAACUAAGAGCCGCUUUCAUAUUGUAGCCCCUGAAGAAGAAAAUAAACAUUUUCGAAAGCUUGGUGUAGCACAAAAGCCUUUUAUUUGAGCCCUCAUCAGGACCGAUACCCCAAUUAACU